AUGAUAGAUUCUGGAACGCUCAUUGAGCAAAGCAGUGAUAGGAGGAGUAGUGGCAACCUGUUGCAUUAGUAACCCACAUCCUGUUGCUCUCGCAUUGCUCCGGGCCCUCCCUGCGAAACACCUGCUGCUCCAGAGCGUCGCAGCGGAGCUCUCCAGGCCCCGUCCCCUGCGACUGCCCGUCCGGGACUUUCCGUCCUCUGAGUAACUCGGAGCUCCUUGAGUGCCGUCGAGCCUUCUGGGGCGCUUGAUCGGUGCAAGGAGGAACAUGGAGAACGGGGGAGGGAGCGAGCCGCAACUCUUGCCCCGGCUGUGCUGCCCGGAGAAGGGGCCGAACGGCUACGGCUUCCACCUGCACGGGGAGAAAGGCAAGGUGAGCCAGUUCAUCCGCCUAGUGGAGCCCGAUUCGCCGGCUGAGAAGUCCGGGCUGCGCGCAGGGGACCGGCUGGUGGAGGUGAACGGGGAGAAUGUGGAGAAAGAGAGCCAUCAGCAAGUAGUGAACCGCAUCCGAGGCUCGGCGGGCUUGGUCCGCUUGCUGGUGGUCGACGCCGAGACCGACGAGCGGCUGCAGAAGCUGGGCCUCGAGUGCCGCGAAGAGUUGGUCCGUGGGCUGCCCGAGCAGAAGCCGGCGGCGGCGGCGGAGGAGGAGAAGACGACCGCCGAGCUGGAGACGCGGAAGGCUGCCUCGGAGGAACCAGAGGCGAAGAAAGUCGAUGGGGAGGAAAAGAGCCACGCUGCUGCCCAGCGGAAUGAGUUGCGGCCUCGCCUCUGCCAAAUGAAGAAGGGCCCCAAUGGCUAUGGGUUCAACCUCCAUAGUGACAAGUCCAAGCCAGGCCAAUAUGUUCGGGCUGUAGAUCCAGACUCGCCAGCUGAAUCUUCAGGACUGCGACCUCAAGAUCGUAUUAUUGAGGUGAAUGGGAUCUGCAUGGAAGGCAAGCAGCAUUCUGAUGUAGUUUCAGCCAUAAGAUCUGGUGGCGAUGAAACUAAGCUGUUGGUGGUGGAUACCUUAACAGAUGAAUUUUUCAAGAAGUGCAGAGUCAGCCCUUCUGAGGCACACCUGACAGGUUCCUUGCCAGAACCAGUUGCCAAUGGUGAUGUGGAAAAGGAUAAUAGCAAAGAUGAGCAGCCAGAGCCUGUCUCUGAAAGUCCUUCCACCCCCGAGCCUGUGUCUGCUUCCUCCAGUCUGAAUGAAUCUCACAAUGAGCUCAAUUCUCAGGAGAAAGAGGAGGAGAAACGUAGCUCUGUUUCUGACCCAGGUCUUGAUUUGGACAUCCCACUGGCAGUGGCCAAAGAACGUGCCCACCAGAAACGCACCAGCAAAAGGGCACCACAGAUGGACUGGAGCAAGAAAAAUGAACUCUUCAGCAACCUCUGAAGUGUCCCAACCCUUAAGGAGGGAGAAGGAGCAGGGGCAAUACCGGAACAUCUGACCAGAGCUCUUCUCUCCUCAACCUCCAGUCUUCCUCUGGAGGGAUUAUUUCCACCCUCCCCCUAUCUCAUAUCCUGGGGAACGGAAGCAGCUCAUUGUUUCCUGCGUAAUCAGAAGGAAAACAAAUGGCUUGAUGAAGACUGCUCCUGCACACUUCUGGAGACGCAAUUACAUUUUAAAAGAAUGACAAGACAUGUUUAUACACGGUCUAUAAAUAGCUUAGUGGGUCUCAUGCAUGUUCAUGGUAAGGGGAUUGGUUGAUCUGUGAGUCUGAAGCCAAUGUGGUGCCCAUAUUGAGCCCGUGGAGGAGGAGGGUGGGUGCCACUACUUGCAUAUCUUCUCUGAGGGAAAACUUGUUGAUCUUUCCCCCAACUUUGACAAGAUCCGUAAUGAAAACACAUGUGCUGGGCAAGUUGGACACCUGAAAGGGCCACGAUGUGCUUAGUACCUCUUUAAUGAGCAUCAGCUUUUAAGAUAUCUAAAGCUAAAAUUCUUGUUUCAGUGUUGCUCUUAACUGACUCACUUCAGAAAAAAAAUUCUGUUGGGAUGCUGAUGAUACUUCCAGUGUAUAAAUGAUUUAGUAUUGUAGCCUUAGGUUAGAAUGGAAAUUUGAAAAUCCAAAUUUAAUUGGCUCUUAAAGUUUUAUUGGCAAUGUCCUCCCCUGUCCAUGAAGAAGACUACCUCUCACUAGAGAUGUCCAUCCCUGGCACUCCAUCUUUUUUAUGGCCUCCCUAAAGAAUAGUUAUCCAGAAGAGAUGCAACUGCAACGAAAGUGUUCAUGGGACAAGUCAAACAACCCCUGAACUUGUUGCAUUGCCUAACUUGUGCUUCGAAACUUUCUGGCACACUCAAGGUCUGAGGUGGGCAGGAAGCUUCAGAAAUUCUUGUGGCUAUAGGCCUAUUUUUUUCUUGUCUUGACCAGGAAAUUAGGGAUCUUCAGAUUGUUAACGCAGCAACUGAAAGCAGCCAAGAAGAAUACCCUGUGCAGGUUACUCCUGGAGAUGAAACUGACCAGGGUUUUCAAUAAUAAUGCUUAAUUAACAGUUAUAUAUAAACUGUUUCACUUUCUGAAAUGUUUUCUAAUGAUAGCUUUUUCUCCUGUGUCUAUUGAGAUGUUAUGGAAAUUAUUCCUGCUCCGUGAAUGUUUUAUUUCCUUGAUUCAUGUUUGUAAUGUUGAAUGCAAAACAGGAAAAAAAGUGAUGAAGGAAAAAGC